AUGCCGACAACGCGCAGGCAAGCCGCACAGCGGAACGGGACAGUUCCUAGAGACGCCUCGCCUCCAAAGGCAGCAUCCAGAGCGCGGAAGGCUAGCACGAGGAAGAAUGCUCGCACUAAGGACGGGCCGCAGACAGCUAUCGGAGAGAGGCGCGAGCAGGAGGAAAGCGAGGUAAAAGCGGAACAACAAGAAGAGGAAGAGCCACCCGCAAAGAAGUCCAAGACCGAGGCGGAUGAAGACGAGCCGUCCCAUGGCAAAACCGGAGGGGACGAAUCUGUCAAACAAGAGUCCGACAGCACGCAGUCGGAUGGGAAGGAAGACCACCCUGCGAAGCAUACGUACCAGACAGGGACUAUUGAGAGGGGCCAUAUCUACUUCUUCUAUCGGCCAAAAGUAGAACUUGAAGAGGCACAUUCGGUCGACGACGUACAGCGCUUCUAUAUCCUCCUUAUUCCCCGUCCGCCAGAGUUCAGUACGGCAUCGGAUCAGCCGAAUGGUUCCAAGGCCACGGAUGAGGAUCAGGAGAUGACAGUCCUAUCCGAAGGCGCGGAUGCUGUCCCGGCACAGGAGCCCAAAGGGCAGACGAAGAAGCAUUUCCGACUCAUCAUACCUGGCAAAAAGAGCCUACCUGAUCCAGAGCACGGACGGGGAAGGGGUAAUAUCUUCUGGGGAACAACCGUCACUAUCGGUGAAGACCUAAAGAAGCUACAGGAGGGACUUGGUGAGAAAGAAUACGAGACGAAGACGAGAGGAACGAGGCACCAGGCUGCGGCACGCCUUGCGGCGCGCGGCGCGUAUGCCAUCGUCAAUAAAGAGGCACGCACACCCUCGUCGCGGGAGACCCAUCUGGGGUAUCAUCUCUCCGAUCCCACAUCAGAGGACUGGGGUGAGGUGCAAGCCGCACUUGGCCUUCACCCUGCCUCUUCGUUUGUGCUCCAGGUGAAGAACCCUCUCGCACCGCCGACAGGCUCGGGCCGUGUCGGUCUCCCGAGGAGCCGGACAGUGGACUACCCAGAAUACAUCAUGACUGAGGUCUUCGGCAAAGGCGGCGGGAGAGGCAGAGAAGAGUUCGGACUGAGAUUUUCGAGCGUCGAGAGGAAGGAGAUGCUUGAUUAUGAGGGCGUAGAACUCCUCUUUAUUGCCGCUCGCAGCGGGGAAAGCGGAUUGGAGACGAGCCUGGGAGAGGGGAGAGGCAAAGGGGAAGUUGAAGAAGAGGAGGGCCGAGAAGCAGUGGAAGAGGUAUUCAAGGAACUUGCCAUGGAUGUCGGUAAGAUACCAGCCGAUCCACUCGGCGGUCAAUGGGCUUGA